AUGGAAGCAAGAAGAAAAGACAAAGAUAGAUAUAGAAGCCCCAGCAGUCAAGCAAGCAAUAGACAGCACGAUCGUCAUCCACAGUCACGUCGUGAUCGUACGUAUACUGCAAUACGUCAUUCUUCGUCACUACGUGAUUCGUCUGCUCCACGCUCUUCCCGUGUAAGUAGAAGUGAUUGGGAUACUACUCCGGUACGAUCUGUUUAUAGAUCCACGCCAAGGUCACUUGUCGGAGGCUUGACUCCAAGAAAAGACUCUCAUCCACUGAGCAGUGUCAGGUGGGAUUAUCCUACUCCACGAGUUUCAUCUACAGGUUACGAUGAGAUGGAUAUUGAGCCACCAAAACGUAGUGAAUGGGACGAUGAUGAGCCCAGCGAAUGGGAUCUGAGAAGAUGGGAAGAAGAACAGAGACAAUUAGAUCGGGAUUGGUAUAAUCUUGAGGAAUCAGCUGGUGCAAUAGAUGAUAUGCAUAAUCCCUUUGCGGGUUAUGGUGAUAUCACUCAGAAGAAGGAGGAAGAGUUAGCGGCGAAACAAAUAAAAAAGUUGUCGGCGAGGCAAGAACAAUAUAAUAGAGAUAAUGAACUAUGGGAGACGAAUCGUAUGCUUACAUCUGGAAUAGCUCAACGUAAGGCUGUCGAUUUGGAUUUUGAAGAUGACUUGGAGUCAAGAAUUCAUUUGUUAGUCCACGACUUAAAACCACCGUUUCUUGAUGGUCGUGUGGUAUUUACCAAACAAUUGGAGGCCGUGCAGCCAGUUAAAGAUCCUACAUCCAACAUGGCUGCUGCAAGGAAAAAUGUAGAACUUGCUGGCACAGCUUUAGGAAACAUAAUGGGGAUAAAAUCAUCCGAAGAUUCUAACCCUCCACCCGAUCAAUCAGCCCAAAAUGGGGAGCCUGAGAAUCCCAAAGGCGACUCCCAGUUUGCUUCCCAUCUUAAACAGUCAGAAGCCGUAAGCUCAUUUGCUAGAUCAAAAACUCUUCGCGAACAGCGGGAAUUUCUCCCAGCUUUUGCUGUCCGUGAAGAACUACUUCGUGUGAUAAGAGAUAACCAGGUGGUAGUAGUAGUCGGUGAAACAGGUUCCGGCAAAACAACACAAUUGACGCAGUAUCUCCACGAAGAUGGAUAUAGCAAAUACGGGAUAAUAGGCUGUACUCAACCGCGUCGUGUGGCAGCUAUGUCAGUAGCUAAGCGUGUUAGUGAAGAGAUGGAAUGCAGGCUAGGCACUACUGUUGGAUAUGCCAUUCGAUUCGAAGAUUGUACGUCAGAACUGACUGUGAUCAAGUACAUGACUGAUGGAGUAAUGCUUCGUGAGUCACUGAAGGAGCCCGAUCUCGAUAAUUAUAGUGCUAUAAUUAUGGAUGAGGCUCACGAGAGAUCAUUACAGACUGACGUAUUGAUGGGAUUACUUAGGAAAGUUAUUUCUAGACGGAGAGAUAUGAAGUUGAUAAUAACGUCAGCUACAAUGAAUGCAGAGAAAUUUUCUCAUUUCUUUGGCAAUUGUCCCACUUUUACUAUUCCGGGUAGGACAUUCCCAGUAGAUGUUAUGUUUAGCAAAACACCGUGCGAAGAUUAUGUAGAUGCUGCGGUAAAACAGAUACUAGCUAUUCAUCUAGGUCAUCCGUCUGGUGACAUUCUUGUAUUUAUGACAGGGCAAGAGGAUAUCGAGAUAACCUGUCAAGUUACCGCUGAGCGGCUAGCACAACUAGAGGACCCUCCUCCGCUUGCCAUUCUGCCAAUAUACUCUCAAAUGCCUGCUGAUCUACAGGCAAAAAUCUUUGAAAAGGCUCCAAACAACGCUCGCAAGGUCAUCGUCGCGACGAAUAUUGCCGAAACAUCACUCACUGUAGACGGUAUAAUGUAUGUAGUGGACACUGGAUACAAUAAACUAAAAGUAUUCAAUCCUAAGAUCGGGAUGGACUCAUUGCAGAUUACACCUAUAAGCCAGGCUAAUGCUAAUCAGAGAUCAGGACGUGCAGGACGUACUGGGGCGGGUACUUGCUAUCGGCUGUAUACUGAGCAAGCAUAUCUUCAUGAAAUGUUUGUGAAUACUAUUCCAGAAAUACAGAGAACCAAUUUGGCAAAUGUUGUUCUGCUAUUGAAAUCUUUGGGCGUGAAGAACUUACUGGAUUUUGAUUUUAUGGAUCCGCCACCACAGGAAAACAUCCUAAAUUCAAUGUAUCAACUGUGGGUUCUUGGUGCUUUAGAUAAUACAGGAGAGCUUACCCCAUUGGGUAGAAAAAUGGUUGAGUUUCCAUUGGAUCCUUCUCUUUCUAAAAUGCUAAUAGUGGCCGACGAAUUGGGCUGUACAGCUGAAAUACUGACAAUUGUGUCCAUGUUAUCUGUUCCGUCGGUAUUUUAUCGUCCCAAAGAACGCAUAGAACAAAGUGACGCUGCGAGGGAAAAGUUCUUUGUACCAGAGAGCGAUCACCUCACCCUACUUCACGUUUAUACGCAAUGGAAAUCUCAUAGUUAUCGUGACGAUUGGUGCACAAAACAUUUUAUCCAUGCUAAAGCAAUGCGUAAAGCACAAGAAGUCCGAUCGCAACUGUUGGAUAUAAUGAAGGCCGAAAAAAUGCCGUACACUUCGUGCGGUACUAAUUGGGAUGUAGUUAGGAAGUGUAUAUGUUCAGCAUAUUUCCACCAAGCAGCAAGAAUCAAAGGCAUUGGAGAAUAUGUUAAUUGUCGUACUGGUAUGCCCUGCCAUUUACAUCCGACAAGUGCUUUGUACGGGUUAGGAUACACGCCCGAUUAUAUUGUGUAUCACGAAUUGGUCAUGACAUCCAAGGAGUAUAUGCAGUGCGUUACUGCCGUGGAUCCAUAUUGGCUGGCUGAGAUGGGGUAA